CCGCACUAGCCCGGAAGUUGGCCGUUUAUUGACAAUAUGGCGGUCAGACUGGGUUUGGAUUUGGGUAAAUUUUCAAUUUGACAGCACCGACGGAGGGCUGCACAGAGCUUCGUUUCCCGCCUCUGCCGUGUCCAGGACAGAUGCGUUUGAAUGAAGGGAGCCGUGAGUCCACCGGACGGCGACAGUGAGCUGAGGAAACGUCCAGAGUGUGAAGCUCGUCAUGUCGUUUUUUAAGCGGAAAGCCAAAAACAAGGAACCUGAGAGAGUCCCAGACGCUAAAGCAACCAGAGCUCCACUCAGCCCCCAGUCUCCAUCACAGGCCACCAGGAACCACAAUGCCUUUCCGGAAGCUUCUGGGCUCAGCAAAGUGGCCUUCAGCGCCAUUUCUGCAAACAUGGACUCCUUCGCCAGCGGCCGCACCGCGAUCCUCAAGAAACAGCCGAGCCACAUGGAGGCGGCGCACUUUGGAGAUCUUGGUCACUCCAGUGUGAACUAUCAGCCCCAGGAGACGCGCUCUCGGCUGUCCAAAUCAGCAGACCAGGUCCUUCAGGACAAUGUGGCGCUGCCCCACUUCAUACAUUACAUGGAACAACGGGGCGCUGACCAUAUGGUUCGCUUCUGGCUGGAGGCCGAGAGUUUCCGCUCCGCCAGCUGGUCACGAGUCCGAGCGCACAGCCUCAACUCCGUCAAACACAGCUCGCUAGCCGAGCCAGUCCCGGUCUCUCCAGAAGGAUCCGACCCCCAAAUGCUGGUCCAGAGCGCGCCUAGCGACCCAAACAUUUCCAGAGGAAGUCCUGCAGCGACAGCAGAGCGGCGGGAACCCUCCAGCACAGAGGCCGGGCUGAGACCCGGCACGCCACGGGCUGGCACCCCCAACAGGCAGGUGACCUCCAGGACGGGGACGCCCUGUAAGGGUCAGUCCAACAGCACUCUGAGAGACCUGUCUGACAAACUCAUGAAAAGUAUAGAAAAAGAUGCGGUCACCAUUUUCACAAAGUACAUCUCUCCAGAUGCUGCGAAGCCCAUCCCCAUCACAGAGCAGAUCAGAAACGACAUUGUUGCAAAGAUAUGUGGAGAAGACGGCAUGGUGGACCCGAACUGCUUCGUCAUUGCCCAGUCUGUAGUUCUCUCUGUACUGGAACAACAGCACUUUAGUGGAUUCCUGUGGAGCCAUCAUUUCUGUAAAUAUCAAAUCGAAGUGCUGACCAGCGGGUCCGUGUUCCUGGCUGACAUCUUGUUCAGUGAGUCAGCUCUCUUUUACUUUUCUGAGUACAUGGAGAAGGAAGAAGCGAUGAACAUCCUGCAAUUCUGGUUGGCAGCAGACAACUUCCAGAACCAGCUAGCGGCUAAAAAGGGCCAGUAUGACGGGCAGGAGGCCCAGAAUGACGCCAUGAUCCUCUAUGACAAAUAUUUCUCACUCCAGGCUACCAACCCUCUGGGCUUCGGCGACUCCGUACGGAUGGAGAUCGAGUCAAACAUCUGUCGAGAGGGCGGGCCUCUCCCCGACUGUUUCACCACUCCACUCAGACAGGCCUGGACCACCAUGGAGAAGGUCUACAUGCCCGGCUUCCUGUCUAGCAACCUUUACUACAAGUACCUGAGUGACCUCAUCAACUCGGUGCGAGCGGAUGAGUUUGUGAAUGUCAGCGCCCAAAGCCAGGGCGGGUCGGCGGACAACGAGCGCUCGGGUUCGAAUGCCAGCGAGGGUUCUCAGACGCAGCAAGGUGCCAAAAAAGCAGCAAUUAAGAUCCUGAAGAACUUUGACGAGGCGAUCACCGUGGACGUGGCCAGUCUGGACCCGGAGUCCCUGUACCAGCGCCCGUAUGCAGGAAAAAUGACUUUCGGGAAGGUGAAUGAGUUGGGCCAGUUCAUCAGAGAGGCUGAGCCCGAGCCAGACGUUAAGAAGUCUAAAGGUUCCAUGUUUUCCCAAGCCAUGAAGAAAUGGGUUCAAGGCAACUCUGAUGAGGCUCAAGAGGAGAUGGCGUGGCAGAUUGCGAAGAUGAUUGUUAACGAUGUUGUCCACCAGUCGAACCAUAACAGCCCCGGCAAAUCCACCAAGUUAUGACCCCACGGCGUCGGGACCCCACAGAAGAGGGACACUUCGUGUUUCACAAAACGUCCAGUUUACACUGCAGUGAGCUGCAUCACUCCAAAAAGAACAAGGCUUUCUAUCACCUCCAUAACUAUAGAGCGUGUGUGGAUGUGUGUUACCUGAAGGGUGGGUGAGUGAUUGCUGAUGCACAGACUCUUAGAAAACUUGAAGUUGGCCGUUUCCAUAACACUAUAGAGUGUUUGAUGUGAAAGCAUCAAACUGAGGGCAUCACUCCCGUGAGAAGGAUGGGAACGCGGCACAUAGAAGUAGCAGCACGUCAGGACCUAAUCUGUCUUGUUUCUGAGCUAUGGAAGACGUUACACAGACUGAGUGAAAGUCACUCCACCAUGACACUCCUCUCAGCUUUUAGAACCAUUCCUUGUUUUUACAUCAAGUUCUCUCCUAAGGGUCAACCUGUUGGAGCUGUUUGAAGUGUCAUCCGUUUCUGUAUAGUUGUUUCAUGAUCCACAAUGUUAGCUCUCCAACCCCCGGCCACUAUAGACUGUAGAGCAGUGAUGUGACGGGGAAACAGACGAAGAGCUUGCUGAUCUUUGUGAAAGUCAAAGCACCUUUGCAGAGCAUAGAAUAAAUACUCCCUAAAGAACUUUAAGUGGUGAGUUUCCAAACUCCUAAAUGUUCUAUAAAUUCUGGUUUAUCCCAUAUAUUAAUGUUUGUCUUUUUUAAUGGUGAUCUUAAGUUUUUUUUUAAGCAUUGCUGAAAAAAAAACUCAGCGAUGAGAGGACUGUUCGACUGGAAAAGUGUGAUCAGUAAAUUUAACUUUAUUUUUUUGUCCCCACCUUAUCAAGAUGUGGAAACAAACCAGAAAAUACACUUGGUACUAUGUACCACUAAUGUUUUCUGAGAUGUACGUGUAUGUAAUCUAUAAUAUAUUUAAGCUGUGUUUGAUUUAAAUACAAAUAUUAUCAAUUG